UCGGUUGAGAAAAGGACGAGAAAAUUGCGCAGGUGUCUUACCCUCCUACCGACGACGUGUUUUACAUCCUACCUACAUUCAGUUGCUUUCAACGUCGCAUAGACGAAAUCGACGUUAAACACUCUUCAAGCAUCGCAGAUAUUAUUGUUGUAACGUUUCGUUGUCAGUUAAUAUGACUUUUGACCAACAUUGGACGAAACUAAUCGCUUUAUUGGCCUGCGUCGAACUCUGUCUUUCGAAUAAGAAUGGCCUUCCUGGUGAUGACUUCUUGCACCGUGGUUUAACAGGGAACGAGACAGCGGAGGGGGUGGAAGUCUCCGAGACAGCUGGCAUGAUCCUGCGCAGUCGUCUGACCACGGUGUUCCUUCCCAUCGUCUACAUAGUGGUGUUUGCUGUGGGACUGCCCACCAACGCAAUGGCCAUCUGGGUCUUCUUGUUCAGGACCAAGAAGAAGCAUCCUGCCGCCAUUUACAUGGCCAACCUGGCUCUGUCCGACCUGCUGUUUGUCAUCUGGACCCCCCUGAAGAUCGCCUACCACUUCAACGGUAACAACUGGAUAUAUGGAGAGGGGCUGUGUGAAGUCCUGGUAGGCUUCUUCUAUGGGAACAUGUACUGUUCCAUUUUCUUCAUCACUUGUAUCAGUGUUCAGCGGUACUGGGCCAUUGUCCACCCCCUCUCUCAGAAUAGGAGAAACAACCAGUUAGCCGUUGGUGUCUGCGGUGCCAUCUGGGUCGGGGUCUGGCUGCUGACCACCCCUCUGUACCUCUAUGACCAGACGGUCAGGGUGACCAACCUCGACAUCAUCACCUGCCACGACGUUACCCGACCCAGCCAGAAUAACAUGGCAUCCGGCUACUUCCUGACCAUGGGAAUUGUGGGCUUUGUAUUUCCAGCCGUUGUGUGUGUGGUGGCCUAUGUUCUGAUGCUCAAGGCCCUGAGGGAGACCAUGACUGACCCCAGCAUCACCAACAAUCGGCACAGGGCAGUGGUGCUCAUCAUUACUGUACUGGUCAUGUUCCUGGUCUGUUUCACCCCCAGUAACAUUAUGCUGCUAGUACACUACUCUCUCCUGCUGGCAGGCUUAGAAAACAAUGGCUAUGGCUUCUACAUCACCACUCUGUGUCUGGCCUCCCUCAACAGCAGUCUGGAUCCAUUUGUAUACUACUUCAUCUCAGAGGAGUUCAGGGAUCAUGUGAAGAACACACUGAGAUGUCGCAGCGAUAGGACUGUGAAACGAAUGAAGGUCUCCUUCAGCGCUCUGAAGUUCUCAAAGAAGAGCAGCACUUAUACCUCAGAGUCUGGCAACACACAUAGCAGCUCCUGUUAGGUUGUUGUUGGCUAGAGAGGAAGUACUGAUGUUUUCGAAGAACUGGACAGGUGCCAGAAAUACUGGAUAUUGCCUUCUAUGGACAUUUUGUUUUUAUUGGUAUUGGAGAUAAAGCCAUUUUAAAUGUUGUGCUCAUUGCAUCAUACAUUUUAACUGCAGGAUUUCAAGGUUAAAUGUUAUUGACCAAUACGAAUAAUACCUAAAUCAUGAAUGUAUGAUCUUUCUAUUUUAUUAUAUGCACAUCUGACUGACAAGAAAUGUAUUUACUGUACAUAUUUAUUUGUAGUUUAAACCUUUUAAACUGCAAUUGUGAUGGAAAUCUUGGUUUCCCAAUAAAGAUGUAUUUUUUCCCAAA